AGAAAAUAUCAGGCGCUUCUGUCAAACCAUCACCAAACCUGCCAGUUGAGGGGACCCCUGUCAACUUAACCUGUGAAGCUAUUGGCCAAGUCUUUACCAGAAAGUGGAUGAAGAAUAACUCUGAUCUGAACCCGACUGACAACAUGGUCCUUUCUGACAAUAACAGAGUAUUGACAUUUAACACUGUGAAUUGGAAAGACAAUGGAGAAUAUGUCUGUCAAAUCAGCAAUCCUGUCAGCAGUGAUGGAGCUAAAUACGUCAUGAUUGUUAAUUAUGGACCAGAAAAAGUUCAGCUCAAAGGUCCAAAUAAGAUAAAUAUCAAAGACACUUUAAAUCUGACCUGCUCUGCUGAGUCCACGCCAUCUGCCACAUUUAGCUGGUUGCGUAAUGUCCCAGAACCAUCAUCAGGAUUAUCUGCCGGUGCCAUUGCUGGAAUAGUAAUCGCAUGCUUUGUCCUCAUGGCUGUUGCUGUUGGUGGUGGAUACUUCUUUUAUAAGAAAAAGCAAACAUAA